UAAAUAUUCAUGCAAAAGCGAAUUCAAGUACCAGUUAUCUACCAGCUUUCCAGCAGCUCACUGUAAAAUCAAAAAACAAAUUAAAAAAUGGCAUUCAAAUACUGCAUCCUGUUCGCUGUUGUUGCCGCUGCCAGCGCUGCCGUACUUCCGGUGGCCGUGAAGCAUAUCGAAUAUGCGGAUGCUCCGGCCGAGUACCAGUUCGAGUACUCCGUGCAUGAUGAUCAUACCGGAGACAUCAAGAGCCAGCACGAGGAGCGUCACGGUGACAACGUCGUCGGACAGUACACUCUGAUUGAUGCUGAUGGUUACCGCCGAGUGGUCGAAUACACCGCCGAUGAGCACAACGGAUUCAACGCUGUCGUUCGCCGUGAGCCUGUGAAGACUGCUAUCCCAGUCGCCAAGGUCGUUGCCCCCAUUGCCAAGGUUUACGCUGCUCCUAUCGCCAAGGUCGCUGUCCCGGUUGCCAAGGUUGCCUACCCAGCGUACCACUACUAAGUUGGUUGAAAAAUGUGUUGAUAAUAAGUUGGCUAGUUCAAUAAAUAAAAUCCUGUUGUAAAUAA